AUGGAUUCGAUGGGUUCAAUCAGUGAACAACACACAAAGAAAAUUCUAUCAAUGUUACAUCCGUUGACCGAAGAAGAUACUGUUUUGCGGGCAUCAUAUCAAGGCUAUUCAUUGCGUAUAUAUUCCACUAGUGAUUUUCAACGUCAAUCAUCUCAAUGCAUGAAACAAAUGGGUAUUUAUACAUUUAUUCAAAAAAUAAAUCGAACAAAAUCAAAAAUUGAUCAAAUCUGUUUGAAGAAUAUCGUCAAAGAAGUGCGCACAAUAUUGGAUGAUUUAUUUUGUUCUCAUUGUCUCACCCUUCAACAAUAUAAACAGAUGCAAUUCAAUCGAGCAGAUGUCAAAUUAAAUUCUUUGCAUUUUGUCUUGGCCGCCAAUGAGAAUAACAUUGUUCGACCGAUAAUGACCUGCAAAGAUGGACCAACCAUGGGUAUUGCACGUUAUCUUCGUGAUUUGCUUUGGUCGAUCUUUCAUCAACUGACCGGUUGUCUAACAUUAUCGAAUGGUGCUAACCUGGUCCAAGCUUUCGAAUUAUAUUCAGAAAAGGGUUAUCUUCAGUCAACAAACCUUUUUACCUCGUUCAAUAUCAACGAAUUUUGUAACAAAUUUUCACAUCAAGUGAUGAUCAAAGCUCUAGAACAUUUUCUUCGUACGUAUGGUACUGAAGAUAACAUGCAUGGUUUGACCAUUGAUACGAUCAUUAAACUUGUUUCUUUGGUGUUACAAAACCAAUUUUUCGUCUAUCAAGACAAACUCUACGAACAGACGAUGGGUAGUGCUUCUGGCUUACCAUUGACCAUUCCAUUAGCUUGCAUUUAUAUUUUCUAUUGUCAACCAACAUUGCUGACUGCUCUCAUCGUCCAACAGGAGAAUCAAAACGAACUCUUUGGCAUAUUUCAAGAUGAUCUGUUUCCCACAUGGAAUAAAUCAGAAGAUGAACUUCGUGUAUUACUGGAUAUGCCGAUGAUGGUUGAUGAGCAACAUAUUCAAAUAACAACAUUAUCGAUUGGAACAACGUUUCCUUUUGGUGAUGUUGUAGUGUAUCAUGCCCAUGGUAUUCUUCAUAGCAAAAUUUACCAUGAUCCAAGGACUGAUCAAUAUCAAUUACGGAAUAAAUGUAAGCAUGGAACAAGUCAAUCAGCCAGAUUAUUACAUGCCAGACUCAUUCAUGCAGUAUGA